CGUGUCAGUGCCGCAGACGAUUGGACAGGCGUCGCUGACACUUCGAGAGUUUCAUGAGGAACGGGUGUAAUUCGCAGUCGGUUACGUGAUCGUUCCGCGACGGGAAAUUCGCCGUACCUGCGCGUCCCCUCCCGGACGUCAGCUCCGGGUCCUGACUUACGUAUUACGGGAAGCCAUCUUGCCUCUCGGUGACCGCCUCUCCUAUCCGGUACACGCGGUCGAGGGUACGUGCUGGGCACACGUUGUCGCGCGCAAUCGGAUUUACGACCCUUGCGGACGGCCGUGAAGCUCCUGCCGGUGUUUAUGGUGUUGCUGUAAUCGCAGCCGCGACGAGGAAACAUGGCGCGUUACGGGCAGAGACCCGAGAACGCCCUGAAACGGGCGAACGAAUUCAUAGAAGUAGGUAAACCAGCUCGAGCAUUAGACACCUUGCAAGAAGUCUUCCGUAAUAAAAAAUGGACAUACAACUGGUCAGAAUCUGUUCUGGAGCCUAUAAUGUUCAAGUAUCUGGACCUUUGUGUGGAACUGAAGAAGUCUCACAUAGCGAAGGAAGGCUUGUUCCAAUACCGAAAUAUGUUUCAAUCUGUCAAUGUUGGAAGUUUGGAAAAUGUCAUACGUGGCUAUUUGAGAAUGGCUGAAGAAAAGACAAAUGCGGCACGCAAGCAGAGUCAGCAAGCAGUAAUCGACAUUGACGAUCUUGAUAAUCUCGCUACACCUGAAAGUAUUUUACUGUCGGCUGUCAGCGGAGAAGACGCGCAGGACAGGAGCGAUCGUACCAUCUUGACACCUUGGGUGAAGUUCUUAUGGGAAUCGUACUGCCAAUGCUUGGAGUUGCUCAGAACUAAUGCGCAUGUAGAAACUCUUUAUCACGAUAUUGCGCGUAUGGCCUUCCAGUUUUGCCUCGAGUAUAAUCGUAAGACUGAAUUUCGUAAGCUAUGCGAAAAAUUACGAAAGCACCUCGAAGAGAUAUGUAAACUGCCUCCGCUCGUGUCGAAUGUUUCUAUGAAUAAGGCGGAAACACAACAGUUGAAUCUUGAAACUAGAUUAAACCAAUUAGAUUCUGCAAUACAGAUGGAAUUAUGGCAGGAAGCUUUUAAAUCUUCGGAGGACGUGCACGGUAUGAUGAAUCUGUCAAAAAUUCCUGUACCAAAAACGAUGGCUAAUUAUUAUCAGAAGCUGGCUAUGGUUUUCUGGAAGGCUGGCAAUUACCUGUUUCAUGCGGCCGCGCUGUUUAAACUUCUGCAACUUUCUCGUGAAAUGAAGAAGAACAUGUCCUCGGAGGAACAGCAGCGAAUGGCCAACCGUGUAUUAUUGGCGACAUUGUCGAUACCAUUGCCAUCCGCACAUCCUGAGUUUGAUCGUUUCAUAGAAACCGACAAGAGCCCAUUAGAAAAAGCUCAAAAGCUCGCGACUCUUCUAGGUCUCUCGCAACCGCCGACACGUGUCUCUCUGUUGAAGGACAUCGUUCGUUUGAACGUUGUCAGCCUCGCGUCGCCGCAGUUGCAAGAAUUAUACUCGUGGUUGGAAGUAGAAUUCCAUCCAUUAGAACUUUGUAGCCGAGUCGAUUCCGUUAUUCAAACAUUACAAGCAGACGAGAACAGCCCAUUGAUCCAGUACAUCCCGGCCCUGCAGGAUGUGACGCUCGUGCGUCUUGUUCAUCAGAUUUCUCAAGUUUAUCAAACCAUACAAUUCUCCAGACUCUUAGAACUCGCCAAAUUUACCACUGACUUUCACCUUGAACGUCUUUUGGUAGAUUGCGUGCGUUACAAUGACAUGCAAAUCAGAAUAGAUCACGGUAAAUCAUGUGUUCACUUCGGAGUAGAUCUUUCGGAGGCGCAACGAGAAGAUCAUCCGGACGGUCCGGUGCUACAGGCGAUGCCAUCCGAACAAAUACGCUGCCAAUUGGUGAACAUGGCGACCGUGUUGCACCGUGCCAUUAAUGUGAUAAAUCCUAACAAGAAGAAGCUCGAGCGUGAGAAACUACGCAGCGCGAUGGUAGCUCACUAUCAUGAAACUAAGAUGAAAGAGCAUCAGCGAAUUUUGGGUAGACACAAGAUUAUCGAGGAGCGAAAAGAGUAUAUCGAGCACAUAAAUACAGUCCGUGAAGAGGAAGAAAUGCGCCGACAGGAGGAACUUCAGCGGCAACAGAUGCUGGCCGAGCAAAAACGAUUGGAGCAGGAGCGUGAGGAGCGCGAGCGGAAGCGUCAGCAGAGUGAGAUUCAGCAGAUUAAAGAUCGCCAUCUCAAGGAGAAGAUGCAGCAGAUCUCUCAGACAAGUCAUGGGCAGAAGGUGCUGAAGAAAUUAGACGAAGAUGAGAUCAAGAAGCUGGAUGCGGAGCAAAUCGCGGCACGAGAAGCUGAAGAGUUGCAAAAAGAGCGCAGGGAAAUGCAGCAGAAGUUGAAGUCUCAGGAGAAGAAAGUCGAUUAUCUCGAGCGUGCUAAACGGCUCGAGGAGAUUCCAUUGCUGGAGAAGGCUGUGCAGGAGAGGAUGCAACAAGCGAAGCAGCUCUGGCGGCAGCAAGAAGAUGAACGAAUCGCUGCAGCUAUCGAAGAGAGACAGGAAGCCGUUGCGACUCGAGAACGCUUAGCACGUAUGAAAGAGGAUCACGGCAUCUUUUUGGCGAAAAUCUUGGCUGAACGUAGGAACAUAUACAUGGAAAAAUUAAAGGAAUUUGAAAAAUUGUUAAACGAGGAACGUGCCAAACGGUUGUUGAAACGCAAAAUGGAACGUAAGGCCGAGCGUAAAGCGAAAUGGGAGAAGGAACGUGCGGAAGCCGCGGAACGAAGACGAUUGGAAGAACUGCGCAUUAAACAAGAAGAGGAGAAGAAACGUCUUGAAGAGGAAAGAGCUAAAAGGGAAGAAGAGGAGAGAAUUAGACGGGCUGAGGAAGAAGCUAGAGAAGCUGAACGUAUAGCCAAGCUUAACAAACAAGCUGAGAUUAUCAGAGCCAAGGAAGCCGAGAUUGAACGUAAAUUGGAGGAAGAACGGCAGAGAGAUAAGGAGUUGGCUUCAACAUGGCGACGUACCGAUAGAGAUCAUGAUCGCGAUCGCGAGCGUGAUCGUGACCGUGACCGUGAUCGUGAUCGCGAUCGCGAUCGCGAUGGUCCUAAAUCUUCAAUGGAAUCAUGGCGGCGUAAUCCUGAUAAGGAUUCCGAUGGACUUAAAAAUGAAACGGAUCGCUGGAGGAAACGCGAUGACAAGAUCGAGGAUUCUUCAUGGAAAAGAAGGGAGCCAGAACGUCGUGACACGGAUAAAUGGAGAAGAAAUGAUGACUCGGAUAGAUGGAAGAAAGACAAUAUGGAGAAAUGGAGGAAAGAUGAAAAUUACGAUAGAGAUGAUCUAAGAGAUCGAGAUAGAUUAGACAACCGUGGUUUCGAUAAAAGAGAUGACCGCGACCGUGACCGUGACCGUGGAAUGGAUGGACGCGGAAUGCGCGAAAUUCCACGUGAUACUAUACGUGACGAUCGAGAUCGAGAGCGUGAUCGUGAUCGUGAUCGUGAUCGUGAUCGUGAUCGCGAUCGUGGUAGAAUGUCCGAUCGUCGCAGUGGUUAUCGCGAUCGUCGUGAUGAACCAACACGAAAUACCAAUCAAGACUGGCGGAAACGCGAUCCACCUCAAGAUUCUCCAAGAGAUCCACCCAAGCGCGAACGAGAUGAUCGUAAAGAUGACAGACUUCCGCCUAGAUCUGACGAGAGAAGACGACCAUUAGAGGAUGAUGGCUGGUCGAAAGUCAGUCGACGCUAACAUCAAACUCGCAGUUAAUCAUGUAACUUUAUAUAAGCUUACUAUUCUCUAAGAGCGAUAUAUUAUACACGAAUAGACUUUUUAAUCUAAUACGGAAGUCUGUCCAUUUUUAUUUGUGCGUGGCUUUAUUCUUCCAGACAAGAAAGUGGAAGGAAUGUUAAAUAGCUUUAGUGGUAGAUGUAUAGUGAAAAUUGGAGAAACAAGAUAUGUGGGGGUAAUAGAGCACAUUGAUAACUAUGUAAAAUAGAAAGUAUGACAAAUUUGUUCGAAAUUUCCGAUUCAAUAGAGAUUUAAAUAUUUAAUUUAAAUCGUUUGCACGAUAUUUCAGACAAUUCGUCAUUGUUUUUAUUUUGCACAGUGUUAGAUGUCAUUUUAUUACCAAAAUAUCUUGUUUCAAAGGACUAAAAUUAGAGAAGGUAUAGAGAUAUCAAUAAAAUUCUCUUGUACCCCUCCAUUAGAUUCUUUUCUAUUAUCCCGCGUCUUAUCACACAUCUUUCCUUAUGAGGAAAAUGUACGAUUCCUAAUGUACAUUUUCUUCCUAUCACAUACCUAUGAAAUAUUAUCGUUGCGUAUAAUACGCAUGAGACUAUUUAUGUGAAAUAACUUAUAAGGACGAGGAUCUCGACGUAAUAAAGAAAAUAAAGUAUAUACGAGAAAUGUACGAUCUAUGACCUGUUCGCUGUUUUAUUAUUACGCCCGCGACAUCAUUGUAAUAAAUAUACUCUCGAGCAAACUUAUUAUAUUUACAUUUCAUAAUAUGUUCCAUGUACAAUUUGCCGCGGCCACAGAAUUGAUGUGAAAUACGUACAUUUUAUAAGGAAAUAACAGUUUCGAGAAAUUGUUAAAGAUUCAAUGUCUCGAAGAAAAGGCACGCCACGCUUACUUACGAAAUAUCAUCCUUAACUAAUUGAAUUAUAGAUAGUAACAUAUAUAUAAAUAUAUAUAAAUAUAUAUGUAUAUAUAUGUAUAUGUAUAUAUAUUAUCGUUCUCACAAGAGCCCAGUCUAGUCAAAACAAUCGCCUUUGUAAAAAAAAAAAAAGAGAAAAGAACAUAAUGCUAAAUAAGAAUGUAAGACAAAUGGAUUUUAACUAUUAACUACGAAAUAUUAAAAUGAUAUAACAGAAUGCACACCAUUUUAAUUCGUAGCACAAUUUACAUACGCAUCUGUAUACGAAUGUUUAUACUAUCAACUAUAGAAAUUUGUUAACCGAAGUUUGAAACGAUAAUUGUCUAGAUUGCGGCCUUAUAUAUUGAUAAAAACUAAUGUAUAGAUUAAGCUAUAAUAAAGCGUUUUUCCAUGC